UAUCAUUGAGCACAGUAGUUUGAUGUAAUGGUGGAGCUGGGCGAGUCAGUCCGCCUACACGGGGCUUUGUGUUGAUGUUCAGGCGGCGCAACAGCGUUGACAGUCCGCGACCAGAGGAGCACCAGAGAACACCCUAGCAAACAGCCAACAUUGGAAAAGGAGAAAAGAGCGAGAGACUGAGGAAAGACGGUCUUUAGGGGGAUUUUGGAGCGGAGAGCUGGACUAAAUCAUGGCCACCACGACGGCUUGCACUGGCUUUACAGUACUGCGGCCAAUUAGUGAGAUUAUUGACCUGCCGCUGGACCAGGUGAACUUUGUGGCGUGCCAGCUCUUUGCAUUGGCAACGGCCUUCUGGUUCAGACUCUACCUGCACCCCAGCAAGACGAGUCCCUUCAUCCGACAUGUAGUCGCCACACUGCUGGGCUUCUAUCUGGCCCUCUUCUGCUUUGGCUGGUAUGCCUUACACUUUCUGGUACAGAGCGGCCUUGCCUACGGUGUUAUGAUUUUCACAGGAGUGGAACACAUGCACAGGUACUGCUUUGUGGUUACCCUGGGAUACCUCAGUUUCUGCCAGAUCACCAGAGUAUAUGUGUUUGACUAUGGCAUGUACUCAGCAGACUUCACAGGGCCCAUGAUGGUCAUCACACAGAAGAUCACAAGUUUGGCCUUUGAGAUUCAUGACGGUUUGACCAAAAGGGAGGAGCAUCUUAAGCCCAGUCAGAAGUAUCUUGCUGUCAGAAAGAUGCCCAGCCUGCUGGAGUAUCUGAGCUAUAACUGUAAUUUCAUGGGGAUUCUGGCUGGUCCCACCUGCUCCUACAAUGAUUACAUCGCCUUUAUAGAAGGCACAUGCUAUGAGUCCAAACCUCUGGAGUCAAAUGGCAAAGAGAAUGGCAAACUGAAGCAGAGCGACCCCUCACCUAAGAGAGAUGUGAUUCAGAAGCUAUGCACGUGCGCUCUGUCCCUGAUGGUUUAUCUGGUGAUAUACACCGCCUGUCCCACUGAGCGUGUCAUCAAUGACUCCUUCAUGGCCUCUAACCCCUUCUACAUCCAGGUCCUGUACCUCUACAUCUCCAUGCUGUCAUUACGCCCCAAGUACUACUUUGUGUGGACGUUAGCUGAUGCCAUCCAUAAUGCAGCUGGUUUUGGGUUUAAUGGCUAUAACACAGACGGCACCCCAAAAUGGGACAGAAUAUCAAACUUAAGAAUACUGGACAUUGAGUUUGCCACCAGUUUCAAGAUGUUCCUGGAUAACUGGAACAUUCAGACAGCCCUUUGGUUAAAAAGGGUGUGUUACGAGCGCUGCCCGUACAAUCCGACAGCGGCCACGUUCCUGCUUUCUGCCGUAUGGCACGGGGUGUACCCGGGGUAUUACCUGACUUUCAUCACGGGUAUUGUCAUGACAAUGGCAACACGAGCAGUCAGGCACAAUGUAAGGCAGCACUUCCUGAACUCAGCCACACUUAAGCUCAUCUACGAUGUGAUCACGUGGUUCAGCACUCAGAUCGCCAUUUGCUACACUGUCGUGCCAUUUGUACUCCUGGCAGUGGGGCCUUCUGUCAAGUUUUAUAGAUCGUGGUACUGCUGCAUUCACCUGAUCUGUUUUUUGCUGGUGCUGGUUUUACCCGUCAAGUCCAGACGCUCGUGCACAAAACAAGAGGAGCAUCAGAGCAGCAUCCAGGCCAGCGAACACAACUGCCUCUCCUCUCCAGACAACAACUUCAACCAGAAACAGAAAGCCACGUGAGGACAGGGAAAGCCGCUCGCACGUGCACUGUGUUGCGGGGAACUUUUACAUCCAUACUGAGAGACACAGAGCGGCUGUGACAAUAACUGAACUAAACUCUGGCAACAACACCAGAAGAAGAAUAGAGACACCAAACCCAAUCACCUCGUCCAGACGGUCAUGCUUCGGUUUUAAACAGGAACAGGAUCUUUGUAGGAUUUUAUGAAAUUGAAGGUUGAAAUUUUGGGAUUUGGAUGACUUAAGCAGUGAAUAAUUGACUUACACGUAGGUUAAUCUGAAGUUGCCUUAAACUCUUUAUAUAUUUGUGUUACACGGGAAUGGACCAGGGGUUGUUGGUUUAUAGUUUGGCUGUGUUAGUUUAGCAAGUGUAGCACUGGAAUCAGCCUUCACGGUACCUAGAAGGUUCCUGCCAUUAUCAGUUAAACAAAGUAACCUCUUUUUCAGUUCCUCUAAAAGAAAAUAUCUGGUAAGAGAGGGGAAAAGUCAAAUUGUAUGUUGCCAAACUCACAGGCCUUCAUAUCCUAUCUGUUGCCAUAGAUUGAGUUUUAUUGUUUUUUCUCCCUGGUUUUCGUUUUGCUUUUUAAUCAGCUGGUUUCUCAGGCCUGCCAGCCUUGGUUAAUCUUAAAGGGAGUGUGUUCAUUUAAAAAUCCUUUCUAUAAUAUUUUUUUAUAAUAAUUUGUAUUAAGGGCUUUAGGUUUGAUAAAUGGUUGUAUUUAUGACAUUUUUUUAUGGAUUGUGGGUUUCAUCAGGGCUUCACAGGAUAUUUCUCUGUGAUCUAGAGAAGACAAUAGACCAUUCAAUGUUACUUAAUAUCACAGCUUGUUUGUUAUUAUAACCUGUAUUUUUAUGUUACACACAUGUAUGGUAAGUGAAAAAAAACCGUAUUACAUCGUUUCAUAAGUGCAUGUUAAGAUCACAUUAUUUUUUUACAAACAGUGCUUUUUUCACAUGAACACAAGUCAUCUUUUUGUGUUUUGUACAUUCAGUAUGCAUAGACUUUUAUUUAAUAUCGACACAUCUCUUGGGCCCUAAUGAAACCUGCAAAAGUCUUUGUAAACAAAGUUGAUUUACAUUUAGUACAGUAUCAUGAUGUUUCUUGAAAUUUGAUCCUCUAAAAGUUGUCAAAACGUUUUGGUCAUACGAUUCAAGCUUUGGGAAUGUCAGACUUCAUAUCAUUUUAUUUAUCAAGUUUUACCCCCUUUAAAAGGUAACUCAGCACAUCGGGUGAGGAAAAAGUAGGUGUUAGCAUUUACCAAAGUGAGUUAUUAUUUAUGAAUUUAGGAAUAAAAAAGAAAUUCCUUUAAGAGAAUUUAAGGGAUAGGUUAAAGGAAUACCCAAAAAUGAAAAUUCUGUCAUCAUUUACUCACCCUCUUGUAAUUUCAAACCUGUAUGACUUUCUUCUUCUGCAGAACACAGAUAUUUUGAAGAAUGUUGGUAACCAAAAACCGUUGGCCCCCAUUGAUAUUGGUUUGUGUCCAUACAAUAGAAGUCAAGGGGGACCAACAUUUUUGGUUACCAACAUUCUUCAAAAUAUCUUCUUUGGUGUUCUGCAAAAGAAAGUCAUACAGGUUUAAAAUGACAAGAGGGUGAGUAAAAGAUGAAAGAAUUUCCAUUUUUAUUUGAACAAUCUCUUUAAGUAAAAACACAUGAGCAGGUCCAUAAACAAAGUCAGGUUGAGGAUAAUAUUCUUUGGCGAUAGAGAACCAGUCCCCUGUGGUUUCAUAAGCACACUUCUUUAAAAUUUUUGGAUUAACAAAACACAAAGCACCAGAGUAUUACAGCCCGAAACUAUUUCAGCGAUUGCGAAACCAAUAGAAAGCCAAUGGAAAACUGUUUUUGACAUUCUACUGUACAGUAUGGUUUUACAUAGCUGAAAAGGAUUGUGCUAAAUGAAGAGUCCUGCUUAAUAGCCCAAUAAUUUACAGUUUGUCUUGAUUGAUUUAACUGCCCGAACGGAAAAUGUUCCUCUGUACCCAAUGUACUAACAUAACCAGCACCUCAAUGCAAAACUUAAAAAGUGCCAAAUCGCUUGAGGUGCACAAGCUGUACUAUGUACAGGCUUACAAUAGGACGAGAGGUUUCUACUCAAGAUCUUUCUGGAUUUAUUUGGUCUCAAAAGAAUAAUUUCAGCUCUCUCCCAUUUUGCACUUUUAGUAGGAAUGAGUCGGGAUAGAAAAACUGUAGUAGAAAAACUGCCAGAGCAAUGCAAGAAACUUCUGAGACCAGUGAUUACUAGAAAUGAAAUGCUUGAAUUUUCACACUAUUUUGCUUUCAGUGUAGUAGCUUUUUUCCUAAAGGCAAGAAAAAUCAAGACGACCUCCAGUGUUAUCGGUUUAUUUGGUAAACAUGCUUUAUUCAAAAUAGAUACAUGCUGAGAUCAGCUGCAUACAGCAUAUCCUCCAUUUGACAAAGCCCACAUAAUAAUAAUAAACAUAAAUCUGCUUCAUUAAUCUGUUAAAAUUCUGUUACAUGUUGCUCAUCGAUUUUCGCACCACCUCCAACUACUGAUACUGCAAAGAAUGACCCAAAGCUAUGUGAAAAUGCUACUGUAAUUCCUCUUUAUUGUGACUGUUAUCUAUCGGACGCUUGAGCUGAUUUGUCUUUUGCAUUGUAUUGUUGGUCUUUAAAAUGCUGCUGAAAGUGAUUUGUGACCCACAUAACAUUCAAACCCGCCCCAACUGACUGCUAAAGAUUUGCAGUUAUUGCACAGAAUCUUUUUUACUUUAAUUCCGACUUUUUGUGACAUUGCUUUACCUGGCAGUGCACAGGAAAACAUGGAUAUUUAUAAAAUGUAAUAAGGCUCUUGAGAUAUACCGGAAAGUAAUAUCUAUUGAACCUGUUUCGACGUAAAUCAAUUUACCAGUAAAAAAUCCACUAUUUUCCAAAACUUGUAAGACGUUUACUGUUAAAUGCAUUUGCAUUGAAAACUGUUCAGAGGGGAACAAACACUGUCUGUCAAAUGUUUCAUUUUCUGUUUUUCUUUAUAAUUAGUGUAAUAAUGAUUAAUUGAGAUGUGUUUGAUAAAAAUUGUUUUGAUAAACUGAUGCUCUGAGGCCUUUUGCACAAAGCUAGAUGAACAAACUCCGGGUUGCAGAGUAAGUUUCGGGUUGACAAAACAGACAAACCCAACCUGGUUUAGAUCAGGUUCCUCUGUUGAACAAUGCUUGGUAUAAACGUUCUCGGUCAACUCAGGUUUGAUCCAGAGUUUGUGAGGCGCGUGCUCCUGAAAAUGUGAUGCGUGCGGAAAACAGCCAAUCACACGGAAUACAGAAAGCAUGCAUCAUCAGUUUUGAUUGACUUCUCGCGAGUAUCAGCGCAAUUCACUUUUCCGUUGAAGAUCGAAAAUUAUGAAAGAAAUCUCUUGAAUUAAAACACAUUUACCAGGCAGGAAUAAACACUGCUGCAGUGAAAGUUUGAGAAGUCAACUACUGGCUGUAUCAAUGCAAGUGAAUCAACUGAAUUAAAAAUUUUAUAUAUGGUUUACAAAAAAAUGAAAACGUGUGCUUCAUUACUUUCAAAAGCUUUAAAUACUGAAGCUUGUAUUUAUACAUACAGUAUAUUGUAGGGCUGUAACAAUAUUAUCGAUAUCGUGUUUUCGCAAUAGCAACAUUGUCUCAAUAUUAUCGCGUGGUCACAUGACUGUAUGAAACGAUCGGUCUUCCGGGCCUAACAUAGAGAACGUUAGAAAAAAUAAUAGAUGUUACCUUUGUCAAGGUCCAUCUGGUGCAAUUAUUUUAUUUUAUAAAAGGGAUUUUUAGGUCAUUUGACCCAUCUCAUACUGUAACUCAUACCUCUAAGCAACAGUUAUGAUUAGAAGAUAAAGAAAAGAGGAUGCUUAUGGCACGUACAGUGAGAUUUUGAUAUUGUUACAUCCCUAGUAUAUAGUUAUAUUAAUUUAAAUGCUUCGUUUAUUAUUAAUUGAUUAAUUUUUAUCAUCUCGUAAUAAUUAUGAGUUAAUUAUAUAUAAUUAUCAUCAAUAAAAUAUAAAAACGGCUAUCAGCAAAAGAUUUCCCUCUAACAUCUUAUUACUUUAAACUUAGAGGGUAUGACGUCACUUUCCCACGUGAACACGCCGGGACACGCCCCAUUGAGAGCAGGACAAUUCCCUUAAGUGGUAAAAUACGCAGCAAAAUGGGUCCUUUCAAUAGGAGAAACAAAGAAACCGGGACUAAAACACGCUAUUAUUUGCUGAAAUUAAAGGCAGUGGGACUCGACGGUGAUCCUUGCGACUUACAAAUGGAACCAGGUGUCCUUGGACACUGAUAUGUUGCGUUUCCUGAUAUUGUAAGUAGCCAUUUUGCUAAGUGUUUUGCCACUCAAGGGGGCGGUGUUUUGCCGCGUUCACAUGGGAAAGUGACGUCACAUGCAUACCCUAUUUUGGGUGAGAAACAAGGGUAGUGGCUUCUCUGCCUCAGAUGUCACCUUGCUCAGAGCUGAUUGGUCCAGUUUUGGUUUGGUUUGCGAUCUUUCACCCAGAAUAAAACCUGCUCCGGAGCAGGUUAGCCAUGUAGCGUAAGUUACCAUGGCGCCGAAACCCGCUCCAAACCAAUCCACCUUCUUGAGCCUGAAAACUCUAGAGUAUGCUCAAAUUAAACGUGAACUUUGGUAUAAACUGAAACUGGCUUUGUGCAAUAGGCCGGUGAUGGUUGACAAAACCAAACAACUUUUAUUUGACAAUAGGAGAAUAAUAUAAUUCCACUACCAUGAUAGUCACAAAACAAAUAAAACCACAUAUCUUUA